AAGUAAGCACCAUAAUAUUCCUCACUUGAAUAUCCAACACAAUACAAUAUCCUCCUUCCAUCUCUUAACUAUGGAAUAUGAAUGUAGCCCUCUUAAUUGGGAAUUCUAUAACCAUGAUGAGGCAUUAUUAGAGGACUUGAAGCAUUCACUUCUAUACACAACUUUAGAGCUAGAAGCAACCAUUGCAUCAGCCAAAGAAGAGAUUACAAAAAAAGAAUAUGAACUAAUUCAUGCCAACGAUCUUCUAACCAGAGUCAUCAAAGAAAGAGAUGAAGCCAUAGCAAAAUGCCAUAACCUAAUGCUAGAAAAACAAGACUUUCAACUUCAAAAUGAAAAUGAACAUUCAGCACCAAAUGCUUCUUCUUCGGACUGCGAAGAAAACAGUUCAACAACACUACCGACACAGUUUCAAGCAGUGUUGGAAUUAGCAGAAAAGAAACCGUUGCCGAAGAAAGGGAAGUUUUUGAAGGCAGUGGUUGAAGCUGGACCAUUGUUGCAGACACUUCUUCUGGCUGGACCGUUGCCACAGUGGCAACAUCCACCACCGCAGCUGAAUUCAAUUGAGAUUCCUCCGGUUUCGAUUUCGUCUCCGAAGGAUCUUUCCUUGAGCAAGAAAAGGGAGUUUGUGUUCUCUUCAGGUUCUGAUUGUUCUGUUUCAAAAUGUAGAAAAAUUGUUCAGGACAUGCCAACAGUACCUACCAUUGUCUCAAAUCUUUUCCUGCCAAAUCCACCAUUUUCAUAGGAAGAAGAAUGCUGGUAACAAUUACUUUAUCAGUCUCUUUUUAAUACUCUCUAUCUUAUCGAGUUAAAUUCGGCGAAAUUUAGGCCGAAAUGAAUUUAAUUCGAUAAAAGAGUAUUGAAAAUAGAGUGUUAAAGUGAAGGUAGAUAGUAAUUUUCUUUUUUGUAAUGUUUUUAUGUUGCAUAAGAGAGAAUUUAUUGUUGGCAUUUGAGGAUUCCCUGAUUAAGAUCUUGUGUUAUUAUGUAAAUAUUUUGGUUAAAUGGGGUUGAAUUAUUAGGAAAAAAUUUGUUAGGAAUUGAAAAAUGUGAUUUUAAGUUGUGACACAAUUUUGUACUGUGGUAGAAAGAGGAUGGGGUGAGUAGGCUUUAAAUGGCAUGGUUUUUAUUGAAGGUUAUUGUUGUGCUUUUAUUAUUUUCCAAAAGUUGUUGCUUUCACAUGA